AUGGACCUGGCGUGGAUCUGGUUCAUCGGGAUUGUCGUCGGGGCUUUAAUCCUCAUCAUCGCCUUCUUGUUGUAUGUGGUGUGCACUGAGGAUGACGGCGACUACGAGCCGCUCAUCGACGGCGGCCGCGCCGUUCCGAGAGACUACCUCAACGACGAGGAGAGCUUACGCCAAUUGGCGGAGGAGUUCGACUUCACCAGCCUCCUGCCCGAAGAACAGCUGAGCUACUUGGCAGGUCAGGAGUUCACGGUGACCAAUCCUCCUGAUUUCUCCCUUAUCAGGGGCAAAUCAUUCCGCCCGGAAGACGAUAUCCUCGUGCGGGACAUGGGGGUCCACGCGUGGUGGUUUGAGCCCGAUCUCGAAGAAUCCCGCUCUACCAAUGCUUCAGAAUCAACACCAUUACUCGCCGAUGCCGAUACCGUACGGGAUCCGGGGUAUGUUGUCCGCGACAAGACCGAGGUCGUAUUCCGCUGUGGCCAGCCCUACCGCACUGCUACUGCGGUGAUGAACCUCGCCAUGCCGCUUAGACACCGUGUGUAUGCCGAUACCGUCUAUUUUGAAGCGAAAAUCAUGGAAAUCAGCGAUAGUCCCGUAUCGCACUUCUCCAUCGGUUUAGUCACUAAACCCUACCCUAAGUUCCGCCUUCCGGGAUACCAGAAAUUCCUGAUUGCCUACGAAAGCACAGGUAAUCUCAAGAUUAAUAAGCCGUUCCCUACUCCUUUACAACAGCACCAGGGGGAUAACUCCCAGUAUAAUAAUCUUGUGCUCCCGCCAUUAAACCGGGCCGAUGUCGUUGGUUUCGGGUACACCGUCAGUCUGGGCACCAUCUUCAUCACCCGCAACGGCCGCAAAGUGUUGGACGUGAUGAAAGGGUGUUGGCUCGACUUGUACCCUGCCAUUGGUUGUUUCUCGUGCGAUGCUACUUUCCAGGUGAACAUUGGCCAAAUGGGGUUUGUGUGGAUUGAAGCCAACGUGAGAAAGUAUGGGUUUAUCAGUACUACUGAUAGCCGCAAGCUCAGUGGCGAACGAGGGGCAGCGGCGUUGCCUCGCUACUCUCUCGACGAGAAUGGCGACAAGCUUCUAGACAAAGGUGAGGAAUUGCCACCGAGAUACCCUACCAGCGAGCUCGACUUCUUUGGCCGUACCAGCACCGUUGCCGAAGGGUGUCUGAAUGAGAAGACCCUGACUACGAGAAUCACUCACGACCCUGAGGAAGUGAUGGAUUUACGCGAACGUCUCUACGAGGCGGAAACGGGUAACAGCACCCCUCAACCAGUGAACUCGAAGCCAGCGCAAGACGAUGGCGCUUCGACGACUGCCAGCAUCAGAAGCCUCGCCCCCGCCACUACUGAUGCCUCCACCAACGCCACCACCCUCGGCAACGACGUGGAGACCAUCGAUGAAAACGAGAAUGGCGAAGCGGGGAACGACGAGGAGACUAACGACUUGGAGGACCGCGUCGAGGAAGUGGACCGGGGGACGGUGGCUAGUGCCCAACCUGAAGUGGAAGAGCCGGAAAUCCCCAAUGUUGACGUCGAACCUGAAGUGGAAGAACCUAGUGGCCAGCCGGGGAUCGAGGAGACUACCGACGACGGUACCGUGGCCGAAGCGGAACCGGUGAUUCUGGAACCCGAUGAAGAUAUCGAGGUGGCGGAAGUCACCGAAGUCACUGAAGUUACCGAGGUCGGUGAAGGCGAAGUGACCAUUUCCACCACCGAGCCUUUGGUACCGCCUAAAGAUGACAACGCCUCUAAAGGUAAUGAUGACGAAGAAGCCAAGCAGUCUCUGGCGGCAAAGGCUAAAGACGCCACCCCGCCGCUGACGGCUGACCACGAAACCUCAUCGCCAUCGGCGUCGCCGCUGCCCGACCCCGUGCUGCUGCUGGACCAGCCCGCGAACAAGACGGCGAAAAAGAAGAAGAAGAAGAACAAGAAGAAGAAGAGUAAGCACUGA